AAGUAGCUAGCUAGCGCUGUUAGCACCGCUACAGUUCUGAGCUGUCAGGUCAGCUGAAACACUGGACCUUGUUCAGUGUGUUUGCUUGGACUUGCCGGGGGCAGAGGCGGGUGUAACAUUAGCACAAGUGGAGAGCUGUGUUUUCCUGAAUGUGUAAAUGAAGAAGAGGCUGGUCGCUGGGUUGUUGACUGGCUGAUGGAGGAAUUCCCACUCACCAGGGUUCUACUUACGGGAAAAUGUAGCUAGCAUUAGGGGGAGAAAGAAGAGUGUUAGUACGGUGUGAGAGGAGGUGAUCAUCCCAAAGUUGUUGUGUCUGCUGGUUUGGACACACAGACUGGGGAGUGUGUGGAUGUUUGUAUGGGUGUGUUUGAUUGUGUGCAGAUUUAGCAGCCUGGCCUGAUGGAGAAGAGAGACAGGAAGCCGGGAUAUUUUGCCAGGCUGAAGAGGCGGAGGCAGCUCAAGCAGAGCCAGUCAGAGAAAAACGAGCAGAAUCCACCGAUCAUCGCCUGUCCCGAUGUCCCCAAUGAUAAGACCACCAAGCCAGAGCUGCAGAGAAUAACAACAAAACCACCUGCAAACUCAGAUAUUGGCUGUAAAAGUAACAAUGAGGCAAAAAGGGAGAAGAGAAAGCCCCCUGGAACAGUGGAGUUCAUUGUGGGACCAAGUGAUUCCCUCAACAGCAUCGCACUCAAGUUCAACAUCACCCCAAACAAACUGGUGCAGCUGAACAAGCUCUUCUCUCGCAGUGUCUACCCUGGUCAGAAGCUGUUUGUACCUGAUCUGAGCCAGUCGGAUGCAGACGUAAAAUCUCAGACUUCAUCUGAUCCUGCCUUCUCAAAUGGUGUGUCUGAGAAAGCGUUGCAUGAUGGUGUUUCAGACUGCAGGUCAGCGAACUCCAUCCGACGUGAACUCUCCCCAAAUUCAGAAGAUGAAAGCCCUGCAACGGUUAAAUUCAUUAAGAUGAGCUGCAAAUAUUUCACCGAUGGCAUGGGAGUGGUGGGAGGCGUGUUAAUUGUGACCCCCAACAACAUCAUGUUUGACCCCCACAAAUCGGACCCUCUGGUGAUCGAGAACGGCUGUGAGGAGUACGGCCUCAUCUGCCCCAUGGAGGAGGUCGUGUCUGUCGCGCUGUAUGACGACGUGUCGCGCAUGAAGCUUAAGGAUGUCCUGCCAUCAGACCGACCACAGGAUCUGUGUCCUGUAUACAGGCCUGGUGAAUGGGAGCAGCUACCGUCAGAGCGGGACUUAAACCCCUUCAGUCGCUAUGAAGCACUGGAUCCAAAGCGACCCAUUGUUUUGGAUGAAAUUGAGUCAGCCCUCUCUGAAACUGCGAGCACAGAGGGGGAGCGGACAGAGAAGUCUCCAUCAGAUGAAGGAUUCACUGAGCUGGAGCCCACCAUCAAUGGUACCACUGAAGGAACAGAGGGAACAUCAUCUAUUACACCCGCUACUGUUAGCAAAGACCAAAAGGAGCUCGUAGAACCAAGCUGCUCAGUCCAGGACAAGUCAAUACUUAGUAAAUUAAAAGGGAAGCAGGAUGACGAGGAAGACGAAGGCGUAGCUCAGAACAGCUCCAUUGAGGACGGAGAGUCCAUAAAAUCCUCAUCAGAGACUGAAAAACAGGGUGAAAAACUUGCAAAGCCAGAGGUUACUGAAACCAAAGAUAUCAAAUCUGUAGGGACUGAAGAGCUGCUAAAAGUUGCAGAUGAUGAAACAAUCAGGCUGCAAGCGGACCAAAACAAGAACAAGAAACUAGAGGAGGCUUCAGAGGCCCGUGAGGAUUCUGUUCCCAAGAGAUCGGGAUCGACAGAGGAAGUGCUAGACAGACCACCAGAAGGAAAUGAACUCAGUGAGGAGGAGAAACGGAAGAAAAACUAUGAGGCAGAGGUGAAGUCAUGGCUGCUGGAGAGGAUGCAGGCUCCAAUUGAAGAUAUGCUUUUCUCAUCAGAGGAGAAGAGUAAAAACCCACCCAUGUUUCUGUGCUUUAAAGUGGGAAAGCCAAUGAGAAAGUCCUUUGCCACUGGGAUGACUUCAAGUCCGGCCCACUCAUUUGGGAGCUGGGGAAAACAACCAGAGUACUGGUUUGCAGUUCCACAGGAAAGGGUGGACCAUCUGUAUGCAUUUUUUGUGCAGUGGUCUCCUGAUGUGUAUGGGAAGGAGGCACGGGAACAGGGCUUCGUUGUGGUGGAGAAGGAUGAGCUGGACAUGAUUGACAACUUCUUCGGGGACCCUGCGUCUUGUAGUUGGGAGAUCAUCACCAUUGAUGAGGCAAAGCGUAGGCAGAGUUUUGGCAGCUGUGAUGGAGACUUGUCUGUGGAGGCACUGCCCUUUCUCAGCGACACAAGUGCUCUGCUGCAGGACACACACAUUGAGAAGCUCGCCUGUCGUCUGCCAGCCCGCGUGCAGGGCUACCCUUGGAGACUGGCCUACAGCACUGUGAAACAUGGAACCAGCCUUAAGACUCUGUACAGAAACCUGGCAGAUGUGGACAGUCCUGUACUUCUGGUGAUCAGAGAUAUGGAUAACCAGGUUUUUGGGGCGUUCUCUACACAUCCUUUCAGAGUGAGUGAGCACUGUUAUGGCACAGGAGAAACAUUCCUGUACAGCUUCUGUCCAGAAAUCAAGGUGUACCGCUGGACUGGGGAGAAUUCUUACUUUGUGAAAGGCAAUACUGAUUCUCUGCAGAUGGGAGGAGGAGGGGGUCAGCUGGGUCUGUGGCUGGACGCCGAGUUGUACCGAGGCACCACCACCAAAUGUGCCACCUUCAACAACCAGCCGCUCUCCACCCAGCAGGACUUCAACAUCCACAGUCUGGAGGUCUGGACCUUCGAGUAGCCCCACAGACUCCCUCUAUGUCUGCAGUCACUCUCUCUGCUCCACAACCCCAAACCUUCAAAACACCCCCAAGUCUAUUAUGCACCACCUGAUGGCAAACCUCGUUACCCUAAGCGACAGAAAAUGUUCUGUGAGGGGGAAAUGGUUUGUAGUCUUGUGUAAUUUACAUGGUGGAAGGUGUAAACAGUCAGAUGCUGUUGAGGGAAAGAGGGCUGGUACCUUCACAUGGAAGUAAUUCGGCCACUUGACGUCAGGUUAUGGUGGUUUAAAGGUGGAGGUGUGAGAAAAUGUUAGUCAUUGUUGCUCACAGUUCAUUGACUGCCUUACUCAUUCGCCUCCAGCUGUCCCAGCAUGCAGACUGCCUUACCACUGUAAUCUUAAGACAAUGGCUGCUGUUUGACUCUUUGGCCACAAGGGGGACAAAGAAGUCAGUCUGCUGAUGUUACUGUUGAGGUUGACCCUAAACUAGCUGGUUCAAAGUCUGUAUGACAGAUUAACGUGUCCAACAAUUCUGUGUAUUAAUUUGUGAAGAAAUGGUUGAUGUAAUUUGUAUGUUUGGGAAUGUACAGUCAUGUACCUACAGCCAUGCACAGGACAUGUGGAAUGGUGCAUCUUUUUUACAACACAAUGAACAUGAAACUUGAAGGAAAUGGAAAUUUGCCAGACGAUUUUACAUUAUCUGCUAUUAAAUUAACAUUUCAUAAGCGGAAAUUAAGUAAUUGUUUACACUGGAAGUGUCACACUUCCUCUAAAGGUUGUCUUUUUCUUUUUGAGGUAUAAAUAUACUGAAUGAAAAUGCUUCAAUACAUUUCCACAUGUUUUCAUUUCACAUUCCCCUCCAAUCCAAAACAAGCAUUUAAGCCAGGAAGACAUGCAAGCAGAAUGUUUGCAAUGACCAAAUAUGUUUGUUGUUAAUUUCGUAUUUGCUGUGAGCUUGUCAUAUUUUAUAUAGUAUCUUAGAAUUUUAUUUUUACAUUUUAUUUUUACAUUGUUUUUCCAAGGAAUGUUCUGUUUUUUUUAAAGGUUGUACUUUUUAUAAAUGAUAUUGUGCUGAAUAUUUCUGUUUCUGAUUGGAUCAGUUAAAAGACUGAUGCAACCCAACAAGCACUAGAACUGAUAAAAAAAAAAAAAUCCUCAAUAUUUUGAACAUAUCUCACACUGACCAGUUUAACUCUUUGGUUUUGACUUUGCUGUCAUUGGUUUUCAGAGGGUUACAGCCAGUAAAAAAUGUAUUAGGAUGUCACUUUGCACUAAAGGGUUAAUGGACUCUAAUGGAUUCUUUAUCUUGGCCCUAUGUAUAUAAGCAUUUAUUAAAUGUCAGAUUGUCACUGAAUGUUGUUUAUCACCACUACAAAAGGGAAGCUGCCUGUGCACCCACAGCUCAGCGUCUGCUUUAUUUCAAAUGGGUGAAAAAGGGAUGAAGUUUGUCUCACUGCACUCAAAUAAUGCCACUAACUAAAUUCAUACAUGAUGUUUUUCCCAAGGGUUAUAACACCUGCUUGUAGUGCAUGAAUAUGCAAUACUGCAAAACUUUGUCUCCAUUUAUGAUACCUGCCAUACUAUUAACUAAUGCCAGUUAUCACUUCACGUGAAAAUGAGCUUUGUUGUCGCUAUUCAGUGUUGUAACUGUGAAUGUUCCCAAGUAUUACUUCUUGUAAAUCCAAAACUGAUGCGAUAUCACUAAGGAUCUAUUUAUUGUGUUGUUAUUGCAACCACAUUUAAGCUUAAAUAAACGGUAAAUAUAUACAUAUAA